AUGGCAACUACGUUGACGUCGAGGGACGAGCCCAAAGCGGCCGAAUACGCUGGAGAUGAAGUAUCUGCCUUGGUACUCGACCCAGGCUAUUCCAGCGUGCGAGCCGGCUUUGCAGGCGAAGACACCCCGAAGUCGAUUGUUCCUACCUUCUAUGCCUCAACUGGUUCGGACCGAUACUUUGGCGACCAUGCCAUCGAUGUGCCUCGUGAAAAUGUCGAAAUCAAGAAUCCCAUGGGAAGAGACGGCAUUGUGGAAGACUGGGAUGCAGCUGAAGCGCUGUGGAAGUUUUCUUUCGCGCACAAACUGACAGGAGUGCGGCCGAACCGGGCUCUCCAAGACUGGCUCAACGACCCCACGGCGGUGCCAGACCUCCAAAAGGCAAUGUCAGACGCAGUAGACACAGAGCGGUGCCUAGAAGACCACCCUCUCUUCAUGACUGAACCUUCAUGGAACCCUACAAAGGCCCGGGAAAAGUGCGUGGAGAUUGCGCUGGAGUCCUGGGCGGCGCCAGCAUUCUAUCUUGGAAGGGCCGGCGUAAUGGGCGCAUUUGCUGCAGGUAGGCCUACUGCGCUGGUGCUGGAUUUCGGCGCGUCUCAGGUUUCAGUAACACCGGUUCAUGAUGGCAUGAUUUUGAAGAAGGGUAUCAUGCGGUCGAACAUCGGAGGAAAUUUCCUAUCGUCCCAGGUGCGCAACAUGCUCGAAGCCAACGAGCCAGACCCGAUAACCAUCACGCCCCAUUAUCUUGUUCAAUCGAAGCAGCCAGUGGAUGCUGGACAGCCUGCAAAUGCGGUGUUGAAGAAAUUCCCAGAAGGGUUUGAACCGCCGCGACCAUCGUUCCGACGCUAUCAGGAGGAGAAGGUCAUUCUCGAAUUCAAGGAGAUCGCACUGCAGGCCUGGACGAAUCCCAACACGCCAUUUCGAGGACAGGGCGAAAUGAUAGCGCGGGAGCAACAGUACGCGCAUCCCUUUGAGUUCCCAGACGGGUAUAACCAGACAUUUUCAUCUGAACGAUUCAGACUGGUGGAGUCAAUAUUCGACUCACAGUGCUACUACGCGCCCCCGUCAGAGUCCGAGGAAGCCCAACUGUAUCCCGCGCCCGACGCUCAGGGUACAGUAACAGGGCUGGUCAAAGCCAGCCUUAACCAAGUGGACGUGGACAUCCGACCGUUUUUGCUUGGCAAUGUGGUCCUGACGGGAGCAGGAUCGCUUAUCCGGGGGUUGCCAGACCGGAUCCAACAGGAGCUGAGCAAGCAAUAUCCCAGCACACGCGUGCGGAUCCAAGCGUCAGGAAUGCCGGUGGAACGCAAAUUCGGAAGCUGGAUUGGAGGCAGCAUCGUGGCCAGUCUGGGCACAUUUCAUCAGAUGUGGAUAUCCAAGAAGGAGUAUGAAGAACAUGGGGCCGGCAUUGUGGAAAAGCGGUGCAAGUAA